AUGGAGGACCAGCCAACAUCCGUCUCUCCUUGGACGACACAGACAAGGAGGACGACAAGAGCAUGCGAUGACUGCCGUCGCCUCAAGGAGAAGUGCAUUGGGACUAUUCCUUGUGAUAGAUGCAAAAAGUUUGGCAGAGCCUGUCAGUUCAGCAACAAAUUCAGGAGAAGACGACACCAUCGGCAAACUCACAUCCAGACUGAAAAAGGACAAACAGUGGAAGUGCCUCCUGGCGAUGGUUUCAUUUAUUUUGAGAAAAAGCGCAUACAAGCGUUGGAGCACAUUGUGAGACAUUACACGGGGCUUGAGCAGUACAGCAGAAAAGCCCUUGAGAUAGUCAUCGCCAACCUUUUGCCAAGAGAUGGGGCUGUCGAGAAGGUGGAAAAGGAUGGCAAUGAUGAUUUGAGUAGUAAUAGUAGUUACUGCGCAAGUAUAGAUACAGCGUCAACCGCCUGUGCAGAAUUCUCUCAUCAUGGGUUCUCAGAGCGUGUACAAAGAAAAGUCAAAGAUAAGCUGGACGGGUUUGGGCAUCAGGACUCGAAUACAGAGACGGCAGUGAGCGGGAAAGCGGCAUCCUCUUAUAUCCUCUCCCGAGAUAAUGCAGUUCUGGAAGCAGUCUCGUUGUUCCCACCAGCUCCUUCAGCCCUGGUCCUCCUCAGAGUGUUCUUCGAAUUUGCACAGACAAACUACUUCUACAUCGACGAAGAGACUCUUCGAUCACGACUCGAUCAGUUUUAUUCUUGCCCUACCCGAGUGGGAAUUGACGAUGCCCCCUGGGUUGCAGUCGCAUUGAUGAUGUUUUCUCUCGGGACACAAUUCUCACAUCUUCAUCAAUCUUCAGCCCGCGGUUCGAGUAGGGAGCUUAUGAGAGACGCAUAUGAUAUUUGCCAGACCAUGGAUGAUACCAUUGCCUCGACGUUUUAUCGAAAAGCAGCAAACUUGAUUCCUGACAUUAUUGCCAUGGACUCGAUCGAAAGCGUCCAGGCCUUUCUCCUCUUUGGGAUAUAUGUGCUCCCAGUUGACCCGGCUGGAUUAUCAUGCACUUACUUUGGAAUUGCCAUCAAAGUGGCAACACAGUUUAAUAUCCAUCAGAGAAGCCCCGAAGAUAUGUCCCGUAGGGAAGUUGAGUUGCGCAAGAGAGUUUGGUGGACUGCAUAUGCUCUUGAACGACGAAUUUGCAUCCUACACGGACGGCCUGUCUCUAUCUCACGAUUAGACGUCGAUGCUAAUCUCCCUAUCGACCUGGAAGAGCUGCAACCCAGAGAACGAAUCAACACAUUUCAAAACAACGUGGCUAUGCUGAGACUGACCAUUUUCAUGGAGGAUGCUCGAGAUGGAAUACUGGGAUUGAAAAGCAAUGAUAAGAAGCGGCGAGCCAAAGCUUUUCAAAACAUUGUUGAACUUAAAGAGAGGCUUAACAGAUACUGGCAGAGUCUUUCUGAAGAAACCUUCUGCCGAGACCUUACCCCCGGAAAACCACUAUUUCGAUCAAACGUGCAUCUUGCCUUGACGUACCAUCUCAAUCACAUCCUCAUCGGUCGAUCCUUUAUCCUUGAAGAGUUAAACCUCAAUGUUAACGAAAAAUACAUUGCGGGGUGCUCAGGAUUACAAAAGGAACUAGUCAACGACUGUAUCAACAGUGCCGUUGCCACUAUCGACCUCUGCCAGACUCUCCACAACGAAAGCAGUCUAUCUAAAUCAUCUUAUACUGAGUUCAGCUCCUGUUGUGCAGCAGUCUUGGCGCUCGUGGCAAAAUACAUCUCGGAUAAGGAUAACAAAUCAAAGGAUGCCUGCAAGAGAGGCAUGGAGUUGCUUCGGGGAAUAUCAACCGGAGUCUUCUCAACAAGCGGCGAGAAACACACGGUAGAAGGAUUAGAAGCUGCAUUCGACAGACUGAAUUCCGGAUCUAAGGGAUACGACAAGGAUGGGAUGUCGGAUCAGGAUGGAUAUCUCCAGUUUCGCAAUUGGGUGGCUAUGCAGCAGAUUGUCCCUGAAGAAGGGCUGCAACUACCCAGGCAGGAGACCUCUAUGUCGAGUAUCUCUGGAGGACUGCCGGCUACAUAUCAGUGCUCUGGAAUGGCGGGAGGGUAUAGUGAUAGUUGUAACUUGUCUCGACGAACAGAUGUGAUUUCGUUGCCGGAUAUGGGAGAUUGGUUUGAUCUUGGCUUUGAGCAGCUGGUUACAUGA